AUGGGGAAAAGGCGGUUCUCAGGGUUGGAGGUGACCUUAAUGGUCCUGUUCGCGUUGAUGUUGAUAAUCGCCCUCGCUCUCAUAGUCCUCUUUGUUACCGGUGAACCUGGGACCAUUAAGGAUGAGACAACAGAAGUAUUUGUUCCACAAUGUCCAAAUAUUCCUGAUGCGGAAAGGGUGGACUGUUUCCCCGAUGCUGGAGCCUCCAAGAAAGGAUGUGAGCAGCGUGGAUGUUGCUGGCAUCCACUUGAUGAGCGAAAUGUACCCUGGUGCUUUUUUCCCAUCAACCAUGGAUACACUGUGGAAUCAAUGGAACAACCAGAUCCUUAUGUAAUAAAGGCACAUCUGAAGAGAAUGACCUCCCCUUCCUUGUUUGGAGCAGAUAUACAGGAACUGUCUUUUCACGCUGAAAUGCAGUCCAGCAAUCGACUUCGUUUUAAGAUAUCUGAUGCCAACUUGCAGAGGUUUGAGGUGCCCCAUGAACAUGUUAAUAACCUCAGUAAAAACCCAACUAGUCCCAUUAGCAAAACAUUGGAGGUCGUACACAAUCCUUUUGGCAUAAUUGUGCGGAGAAAAGAGAACAGAAAAGUCCUGUUUGACACCACUAUGGGACCAUUAGUGUUUGCAGACCAGUUCCUGCAACUGUCUGCGAAACUUCCCUCCAACAAUAUUUAUGGCCUGGGAGAGCACGUUCACAGACACUUCCUCCAUGACACACACUGGAAGACCUGGCCCAUCUUCACGAGAGAUGCUUUUCCUAAUGGGGGAACACACAACCUCUAUGGACACUAUCCCUUCUUCCUCUGUCUAGAAGAUAAAAGUGGAAAGUCAUUUGGAGUUUUCCUAAUGAACAGCAAUGCAAUGGAAGUGACUUUGCAACCUGCACCUGGAGUGACAUACAGAACGAUUGGAGGAAUCCUUGACUUCUAUAUAUUUUUUGGCGAUACACCGGAACAAGUGGUGCAGGAGUUUCUCGAGCUUAUUGGCAGACCAGUUAUUCCGCCCUACUGGUCACUGGGAUUCCAACUUUCUAGGUGGGACUAUGGUAGUUUGAGUGAAGUUAAAAAAACAGUCGAAAGGAAUCGUGCAGUGGAACUCCCAUAUGACAUCCAAUAUACUGACAUUGACUACAUGGAGGAUAAGAAAGACUUCACCUAUGACAAAGUCAAGUUCAAUGAGCUGCCUCAAUUUGCUGACUACCUUCAUGAGAAAGGACAGAAAUACAUCCUCAUUCUGGAUCCGGCCAUUGCCACCAGUAAAAGGGUUGGGGGUGUUCCAUAUGAGUCAUUUGAUCGUGGGACCAAGAAGAACGCCUGGGUCACUAAAUCAGAUGGCAAAACUCCUUUAUUGGGAGAGGUAUGGCCAGGAGAGACUGUAUUUCCAGACUACACCAGCUCAAACUGCAUCGACUGGUGGGUUGAUGAGUAUGAGCGAUUUUCCCAGGAGAUCAAACAUGAUGCCCUCUGGAUAGACAUGAAUGAAGUGGCGAACUUCAAAAAAGGAUCAACUAAGGGCUGUGAUGAUAACAACUUAAACUAUCCUCCCUACACUCCGAAGAUUCUGGAUGAGGUGAUGUAUAGUAAGACUCUGUGUAUGGAUGCCAAGCAGGCCUGGGGAAACCACUAUGAUGUCCACAGUCUCUAUGGCUACUCAAUGGUGUUGGCCACUGAAAAAGCUCUGCAGCGUGUGUUUGGAGGAAACCGUACUCUGAUGCUGACCCGCUCCUCCUUUCCAGGUGUGGGGAAAUAUUCGGGUCAUUGGCUGGGGGACAACGCAGCCAACUGGAACGACAUAAAAUGGGCCAUCCCCGGCAUGCUAGAGUUUGGCCUGUUUGGAAUUCCAUAUAUUGGGGCUGACAUCUGUGGAUUUUUUGAUGACUCAAGUGAAGAAUUAUGCCGUCGCUGGAUGCAAGUGGGAGCUUUCUAUCCCUUCAGCCGCAACCACAAUGCUCAGGGCUAUAAGCCUCAGGAUCCAGCCGCAUAUGGGGGUACUCUGUUGGAGAGCUCCAAACACUACCUGAGUAUUCGUUACACACUGCUGCCGUACCUCUACACACUGUUCUUCAAAGCCAGCACCACAGGGGAGACUGUUGUGCGUCCCCUCAUGCAUGAGUUUUAUUCUGACGAGCAAACCUGGAAGCUGGAUCGCCAGUUUCUCUGGGGGAAACACCUGCUCAUCACACCUGUUCUGGACCCGGGUGUGAUUAUGUUGGAAACCUAUAUCCCGGAUGCUUUGUGGUAUGACUACGAGACGAUGAAACCAUUAUCGGAGCGCAGACAAAAGAUUAAACUGCAUCUACCAGGUGACAAGCUUGGUUUACACAUAAGAGGCGGUGCAGUUCUCCCCACGCAGAAACCAGACGUCACCACCACAUACAGUCGACGCAACCCCAUGGGUUUGAUCAUUGCUCUGGACGACCAAGGCCAGGCUGCAGGGGAGCUGUUCUGGGAUGAUGGAGAUUCCCGAGAGACGUUCAAAAAAGGCAACUACAUCCUCUACAAAUUCACUGUUAUCUAUGGGGUACUGACCAUGCAGGUUAUACAUGCUGGCUACAGAGAUCCAAACAACCUACAUUUUGAGAACAUCACAAUCUUAGGGGUUCCACAACCUCCCUUGUCGGCCUCUGUGACACAUGUUGGAUCAGGAUCGCAUGGAAACUCUACAACCAUGAUUCCAGAAUCCGGGAUACACUAUGAUCGAACCAAAAAGGUUUUGUUCCUGCAACACCUGUCGUUAACUCUGGGGGAGACGUACCUCGUGCGGUGGGAGGAGGUGAAAGAGGAGUACCUGCGCUUUGACUGCCACCCCGAGGAGCAUGCAGAUGAGGCAAAGUGCAAGGCCCGAGGCUGCAUCUGGAAGGAAAGCAACAUUGAACGCGUUCCCUGGUGUUUUUAUCCACAAGACCAUGGAUAUCGUGUGCGACUAAAUGAGCACACUUUGUCUGGCAUUUGGCUUGACAUCACACGGAAUAAAAAUUCCCUGAGUAGCGGCCGCACUGAGUCAUCUGACAUUGACAACCUCCAUGUUCAGAUCACUUACCAUAGCAAUACAAUGCUGCAGUUCAAGAUCUGGGACCCAAACACAGAUCGUUAUGAGGUUCCAGUUCCGCUCUCUAUACCACCUGUUCCUGCAAUUGAUGAAGAGGGGAGACUUUACAAGGUUCUUUAUACAACUAAUCCAUUUGGCAUCCAGGUCAUACGGAAAAGCACAGGAACCAAAAUUUGGGACUCAUCAGCGCCAGGUUUUACUUUCUCAGAUAUGUUCAUUCAAGUAUCGACAUUUUUGUCAUCCAAGUACAUCUACGGCUUUGGUGAGACAGAACAUUUAACAUAUAGACAUGACUUGAACUACCACACCUGGGGUAUGUUCUCCAAAGACCAACCUCCUGGUUACAAGAUGAACUGCUAUGGAGUCCACCCAUUCUAUAUGGGCCUUGAGGAUACUAAUGAUGCUCAUGGUGUAUUGUUGCUUAACAGCAAUGCAAUGGAUGUGACUUUUCAACCUACGCCAGCUUUGACCUACCGGACUGUGGGGGGGAUCUUGGAUUUCUACAUGGUUCUUGGACCUACACCUGAGAUGGUGGUUCAGGAAUACACUGAUCUGAUUGGGAGACCUGUCCUACCUGCUUAUUGGUCGCUUGGAUUUCAGCUCUGUCGCUAUGGUUAUACUAACGACUCGGAAAUAGCCGAUCUAUACAAGCAAAUGAGGGCGGCAGAAAUUCCGUAUGAUGUGCAGUAUGCUGACAUCGAUUACAUGAAUCGGCAGCUUGACUUUGUCCUGGACCCCGAGUUUGAGGGACUACCCACCCUUGUUGAUAACAUGAGAAAAGAGGGCAUGAGAUUCAUCUUCAUUCUGGAUCCAGCUAUUUCAGGCAAUGAGACUCAUUACCCUGCCUUUGAGAGGGGUAAGGCCGCUGAUGUCUUCAUUAAAUGGCCCAAAACACUCAGUGAUGACAUAGUGUGGGGGAAGGUUUGGCCAGAUUUCCCAAAUAUCACAGUAAAUGAAUCUCUGGACUGGGACACUCAAGUAGAGCAAUACAGGGCUUUCACUGCCUUCCCUGACUUCUUCCGUAACGCAACAGCAAAAUGGUGGCAUCAAGAAAUCAUGGAUUUUUAUCAAACUACUAUGAAAUUUGAUGGCCUCUGGAUUGACAUGAAUGAACCCGCCAGUUUUGUACAUGGGACAGUAGGAGGCAAUUGCCUGGGUCACCCUAUGCUUGAGAACCCUCCAUAUAUGCCAGCCUUAGAAUCCAAACAUCUUGGCUUAAAUCAUAAGACGCUGUGCAUGAACAGUGAACAGAUACUCAGUGAUGGAACGGCGGUCAGACACUACGAUGUCCAUAGCAUCUAUGGCUGGUCCCAUACGAAGCCUACAUAUGAAGCUCUGCUGAAUGUCACUGGGAAACGAGGUAUAGUAGUGACCAGGUCCACUUACCCCUCGAGUGGAAAAUGGGCUGGACAUUGGCUGGGUGACAAUAGUGCCAAUUGGGACCAAUUAUAUAAAUCCAUCAUAGGCAUGAUGGAGUUCAGUCUGUUUGGCAUCCCUUAUACUGGGGCAGACAUAUGUGGAUUCUUUGGUAAAGCUCAGUACGAGAUGUGUCUUCGCUGGAUGCAACUGGGUGCCUUCUAUCCAUACUCACGUAACCAUAACGGGAAAGGCAACCGGAGACAAGAUCCUGUGGCCUGGGACUCAAACUUCGCAGAGGCAUCCAAAAAUGUCCUCAACAUUCGUUACACACUCCUGCCAUACCUGUAUACGCUCAUGUAUGAUGCUCAUACCAAAGGAAAUACAGUCGUGAGACCACUACUGCAUGAGUUUGUGAAUGAUAAAACUACUUGGGACAUUUACAAACAGUUUCUCUGGGGACCUGCUCUUCUUAUAAGCCCUGCCCUUGAUCCGGGAGUCACACAAAUAGAAGCCUAUGUUCCUGAUGAUCGCUGGUAUGACUUUCACACGGGAAAAGACAUCAAAGUGCGUGGCGAAAUGAUCUUGAUGCCCGCACCGAUGGACCACAUCAAUCUCCAUGUCAGAGGAGGAUACAUUUUACCUUGGCAAAAACCAGAGAACACAACAUACUACAGCCGAAAGAAUCCUUUGGGACUGAUCGUUGCCCUGAGUGACAAUGGGACUGCUCAAGGGUCAUUCUUCUGGGACGAUGGUGAAGGAAUAGACACAGUUGGAAAAGGACAAUAUCUACUGACCUCAUUUGCCGUAGAAUCGAACACCUUGUCGUGUAAAACGAUUCACAACGGCUUGUUUGCAGCUGACCAUUUGAUUCUUGGCAUAGUACAAGUGUGGGGGGUGGAGAGCACUAUCACAGGAGUAACUCUGACAGAGGUGGAUGGAACAGAACAUGAUCUGACACCUUAUUAUAAUGCUGAUACUCAGGUGCUGGUAAUAGAUACGACUGCAACUUCAGUCCGUGUGGAUCAUGGAUUCACUAUUAGGUGGAGUGCCAGUGUCUGA